AGUGAAUCAGCAUCAUUGUGCAAUUUAUGUUUGAGAGCGAAUAUAUCUAUAUAUAUAUAUCUAUGUUUUACUGACAUGCAUUCGACUAUUAGUGUGGUGGUAGGGGAUANGUAUUAUAUACGUGGAAACAGUCUGAGAAGGACUUAGUGUGAGAACUUGAUUCGAGAUGGAACGUUGGGCAGGAAAAGUCGCGCUCGUCACCGGUGCGAGCAGUGGGAUCGGNGCGGAGAUCGCGCGAACACUCGCGUUGAAAGGAAUGAAAGUGAUCGCCGUCGCGCGACGUGUGGAAAAGCUGCAAGAACUGGCCGCGGAUGUUCAACGGAAAUGCAACGCAAAAUUACAUCCCAUGCAAUGCGACGUUCAAAAAGAGGAGGACAUUCUCGGGGUUUUCAAGUGGGCGGAAAAGCAUCUGGGUGGUAUUGACGUGUUGAUUAAUAAUGCCGCUAUUGUCUCGCCCAAAUCGCUCACAGAGGAAACCACGGACAUGCUCAGCAAACUGUUGGACGUGAAUUUACGUGCGCCGGCAAUUUGUUCGCGCGAAUUCGUCCAGUCUGUCAAAAAGCGGAAAGCGUCGGGUCAUAUCAUUAAUAUCAGCAGUAUAGCCGGACGUCUUGCAGAAACGCUUCCAGUAAGCGCCAGUUUAUAUCCCGCAACUAAAUACGGUGUCAACGGCAUGACAGCGACUUUACGCGGCGAUUUGGCAAGAGAAAAAAUAGAUGUAAAAAUCACGACCAUUAUGCCUGGUGCGGUUACCACUGAUAUGCUACAACAAUUCAAAGAAUUUACGAAAGGACCGCAACUGAAAGUUGAAGAUAUCACGGAUACGGUUAUCUACAUACUGAGUUUGCCAUCUCGAGUAGAGAUAUGGGAUGUAACAGUAAUGCCAGCCAAUCAACCAACUGCCUAAGCGCGGAACUGUUCAUCUUGAAGAAUCUUAUACAAUUGCAGCAAUUUUGCAAUUCACCUUGCGAUUGUAACAAUCUUGCACUAUAAACACGAAUUAAAAUGAAAUUUUAAUUGAAUAAAAAAUAUACACAUU